UUUGCUUUAUCUCAGGUGAUCUACGUUAUCACAAUUGAUGGGAAACCAUGCACCCUGCAUCUCAGAAAACACUCAUUCUUACCCCAGAACUUACGGAUUUAUACACAAAAUGAGACCAGAGAUUUGCCUUCUGAGACUUUGUAUUUUACAACGAAUUGCCAUUACCAAGGAUAUGUUGCAGAAUUUCCAGAUUCAGCUGUGACUCUCAGUAUCUGCUCUGGCCUCAGGGGAUUUCUCCAGUUUGAGAAUGUCAGCUAUGGACUUGAACCACUAGCAUCUUCGGCAAGAUUUGAGCACAUAGUUUAUCGAGUGAAAAAUGACAAUCCAGAAAUACCGUUGUCAGCAGGAAAUUACAGCACUGUUUGGCAGAAAGACCAGCCUUCCAAAGUUCAUUUCAGCUCCCAGAAUAUACUUGCUUCAAAACUGCUACCCCAAUAUCUAGAAAUGAACAUUAUAGUAGAAAAAGGUUUGUAUGAUUAUAUGGGAUCUGAAAUGAUGGCUGUAACACAGAAAAUUAUUCAGAUUAUUGGACUUGUCAAUACAAUGUUUGCUCAGUUCAGAUUGACUGUUAGACUGUCCUCCUUGGAACUGUGGUCAGAUACAAACCAAAUUUCUACCAACGGAGAUGCAGAUGAUCUAUUACAAAGAUUUCUGGCCUGGAAACACAGCUAUCUUGUCCUACGGCCCCAUGGCAUAGCAUAUUUACUUAUUUACAGAAAGCAUCCUAAACAUACGGGGACAGUGUUUCCUGGCACAAUAUGCAAUCAGAACUAUGACGCAGGUGUUGCUAUGUAUGCAGAUGCAGUCACCUUGGAGGGAUUUGCAGUUGUUAUAGCUCAGUUGAUUGGCUUUAACAUAGGAUUAACAUAUGACGACAUCAGCAAGUGUUCUUGUGGGAGAGCGACAUGCAUAAUGAAUCCUGCAGCAGUGAGUUCCAGUGGUGUGAAGAAUUUUAGCAAUUGUAGCUUGCAUGAGUAUAGAAAUGUUGUUUCUAACUUUGAAGUGAAAUGUCUUCAGAACCUUUCGAAGCUGCAGCCAUUCUAUCAGAAUCACACUGUGUGUGGUAAUGGGGUUUUGGAACCUAAUGAGGAGUGUGACUGUGGUGGUGAAGAGGAAUGUCAACUUAAAAAAUGCUGCAAUUAUAAUACUUGCAAAUUGAAAGACUCAGUAAAAUGUGGUUCUGGACCAUGCUGCACAUCAAAAUGUGAAUUUUCAGUAGCAGGCACUCCAUGUAGAAAGAGCAUUGAUCAAGAGUGUGAUUUUACAGAGUAUUGCAAUGGAACAUCUAGUGAUUGUGUUCCAGACACAUAUGCACUGAAUGGCCAAUUCUGCAGGCUGGGAACCGCAUACUGUUAUGGUGGAAAAUGCCAAACUAUUGAAAACCAGUGUGCCAAGAUAUUUGGAAAAGGUGCUCAAGGUGCUCCUUUGGCCUGCUUUGAAGAAGUUAAUUCUCUGCAUAAUAAGUCUGGAAACUGUGGCUUUAAAAAUUCACAGCCGUUACCUUGCGAACACAAGGAUGUUCUGUGUGGAAAAUUAGUUUGUGCUGUUCCAAGUAAAAAUGCCGAGGAAGGCGAUGUUCCAGCUGCAACUUCUUCACAUGUUCGUGACCAUGUGUGUGUUUCCAUGACCACUGGGUCAUCCUUGAGACCAGAUGGGAGAGAUUACGCAUAUGUGGCUGAUGGCACAGCAUGUGGUCCGCAGAUGUAUUGUGUAAAGCAAACCUGCAGGAAAGUUCAGUUAACAGAAAAUACCUGUAAUGCCACUACAAAAUGCAAAGGGAAUGGGAUUUGUAAUAAUUUUGGAAAUUGUCAGUGCUUUCCUGGCUACAGGCCUCCAGACUGUGAGUUCCAGAUUGGUUCACCAGGGGGCAGUAUUGAUGAUGGCAGUGCUGAGAGAUCUGAUGUAUUUUUUGUUAAAAAAGACUACAAUACACAUCAGAACAACUGGCUGAUUCUGAGUUUCUACAUUUUUCUGCCAUUUUUCAUGAUUUUCACUAUUGCGAUCAUUAGGAGAAAUGAAGUGAAAAAAUCAUGCAACAAAGAGAACAGAGAACGUGAAGGUUUAACCAACGAUAAGUCAUAA